AUGGAGAAUGGAAGUGGUCGAACUAGAUUGCCAGGAGGCUUGCUCAUUCAUUUUGUCUGUUUGUUCUUCUUUCUGGCGUCGAGAGGCGUCGAGGCGCAGAUCCGUUAUUCUAUUCACGAGGAAUUAAAGGUUGGAUCCACGGUUGGGAAUAUCGCUAAGGAUCUAGGAAUUGACUCUGCCACGUUAUCGGAUCGGAACUUGCGGAUUGUCCAAACGGGAAUCAAACAGGAGCUCUUUCAGGUAAACCAGAGAGACGGUGCUUUGUUCGUCAGUCAAAGGAUAGAUAGAGAAGAGCUAUGUGGCAAAACCAGCCCGUGCCUGGUGACUCUCAAAGCCGUGAUAGAGAAUCCAUUAGAAAUGCACCAGAUUACUGUUGAAAUCACAGAUGUAAACGAUAAUCGUCCUUCGUUCACAGAUGAAAACUUUAAGUUAGAAAUACUGGAAUCUGUGACAAUAGGAAAACGAUUGCAACUGGAGGGGGCACACGAUCCCGAUGUAGGUACGAAUGACCUGCAGUCUUACAAACUGAGCCAAAAUCCGUAUUUUCGUUUAGAAACAGAGGAUUCUGGGGACGACGGUAAAAUACCCUUUUUGGUUUUGCAAAAACAACUAGACAGAGAGCAAACUGGGGAAUUGACGCUAGUGUUGACAGCUUCAGACGGAGGUAAGCCACACAAAUCAGGAACUUUAAAUAUAACAAUAAUCGUGUCUGACAUAAAUGAUAAUGCACCUGUGUGCAAUAAAUCAAAAUACACUGUCAAUGUGAAAGAAGACGCACCAGAAGGGACAUUUCUCGUGCGAGUUGGUGCCUCGGAUGCAGAUGAGGGAUUGAAUGGCGAAAUUGUGUUUUCACUACGAGGCAAAUUCAGAAAUGGCGCGUCUGACAUUUUUAGUCUCGACAACAAAACUGGGGAACUGUCAAUCAAAAGCGGCCUUGACUUUGAACAGAGACAGUUGUAUGAGCUUAAAAUACUAGCCGCAGACAGAGGAGCAGUUUCCCAGUCCACGCAAUGCACCGUAAUAGUGAAGGUGGAGGAUGUAAAUGACAACAAACCUGAGAUUGACAUCACAUCCCUGUCCAGCCGCAUACCGGAAAACGCACUGCCCGGUACAGUGGUUGCGUUGAUGGGGGUGACGGAUCAGGAUUCAGGAGUCAACGGACAGGUAGUUUGCUCUGUACCCUCCGACCUGCCGUUUGAUCUCAAGCCGUCAUCAGAUGGCAACUUUUACUCGCUUAUAACCAAAACGCACAUGGAUAAGGAGUCCCAGGCAACAUACAACAUUGAAAUAACAGCAAAGGACUUGGGCACACCUCCAUUGACCACUACUAAGGUCAUACAGGUGGACUUAGAGGACAUAAACGACAACACUCCUGCAUUUACUCUGAGCCCUUACACAUUUUAUUUGAUAGAGAAUAACAAACCUGGCAUGUCCAUAUUCAGCGUGAGCGCGCACGACCUUGAUGAAGGGGAUAACGCACGCGUGUCAUACUCACUGGACAGAACCAAUUCGGGUACCAGCGUCACAUCUUUCUUGAACAUCAAUGAGGAGAACGGAACCAUUUAUGCCCUGAAAAGUUUUGAUUUCGAGACGAUGAAAACAUUCCAGUUUCACGUCAUUGCCAACGACUCUGGGUCACCCCCCCUUAGCAGCAACGUCACAGUAAAUGUGUUUAUCCUGGACCAGAACGACAACACACCUGCCAUUCUUUCUCCAGUAAGCGCCAAUGGGUCAGCAGAAGGUGUAGAAGAGGUACCCCGCAAUGUGAAACCAGGAUACCUGGUGUCAAAAAUCAGGGCCUACGACGCAGACGUGGGUUACAACGGCUGGUUACUUUUUUCCCUGUUGGAAGUCAGCGACCACACUCUGUUUGGCUUGGAGCGUUACACCGGGCAGAUUAGAACCAUGCGUUCCUUCACAGAGACUGACGAAGCGCGCCACAAACUGGUCAUAUUAGUCAAAGAUAACGGAAACGUUUCCCUCUCAGCCACAGCGACUGUGAUGGUGAACUUGGUCGAGCCCAAAGAGGCUUUUGCAGCAUCCGAUGUCCCAAGCUCCGUAGACAACGAGGAGGAAAACAACAUUACAUUUUACUUGAUCAUAACUUUAGGCUCAGUUUCAGUGCUUUUUGUCAUUAGUAUAAUAGUAUUGAUAGCCAUGCAGUGCUCCAAAGCCACGGAUUACUCGUCAAAAUACCUACAGGACACUAAUUAUGACGGAACUUUAUGCCACAGCAUCCAGUACAGAUCUGGAGACAAGAGGUACAUGCUGGUUGGACCCAGAAUGAGUAUCGGCUCCACUAUAGUUCCUGGCAGCAAUGCAAAUACUCUGGUGGUACCUGACCGACGUUCAAGAGCUCCAGACGAGGUAAGACUUGCUGACGAGCACAACAGAGCCAAAUACCUGUGUUGA